AUGCCCAAAGACAGAUACCACUCCAGAGAUCUAUCCCCGGCCCAUCGCGAGCGCGGCGUUAACAAGCGCAAGCACCGCGAAGCCUCCGAAGAUGCUCCGGUCAAGAAGAAAAUCCAACUCGCGACACAGAAGCGCGAAAAGAACGAAUACCCCUCCGUCAACGAAUUGAAAAGACGGAUUCGUGCCGUGAAGCGAUUGCUGGAGAAGGUUGAUUUAUCCGCCGAUGCGCGAAUCGUGCAGGAACGAGCAUUGUCUGGGUAUGAGAAGGAUUUGGAGGAUGAGAUGCAGAGACGGGAGAGGUCGCAGAUGAUCAAGAAGUAUCACUUCGUUAGGUUUCUGGACCGCAAAUCAGCAACCAAAGACCUCAAGCGUCUCCAACGCCGCGAAAAGGAAACUACCGACCAGAAAGCUCUCGAAUCUCUCCGUGAAAAGAUCCACGCAACUCGCGUUAACCUCAACUACACAAUCUACUACCCCCUCACCGACAAAUACAUUUCCCUCUACGCAGAACAGAAACAGAAGAAGCCUUCUCAGUCCGAGUCUGGCGCGGACGAUACCCAUUCCGGAGCCGAUGAGAAGGAUACCGUCGUGACGAUGGCUCUGGCGGAUACGGGGAAGCCGCCUAUGUGGUAUACUGUCGAGAAGUGCAUGGAAGAGGGAACGCUUGAUCUUUUACGGGAGGGCAAGUUGAACAGCCCAAGAGAGAGUGGAGGGAAUACGAAGAAGACAUCGACGACAACGGAACAAAAGAAGAAGGACGUUGUCAAGAAGGCUAGCAAGCAAUCGAAGAAACCCACGGAGAAGACAAGCAGCGGCACCGAGUCGAAGCCGGAGACGCAGCCUGUCAACAGAAGGAUCAGGCGUAAUGCUGCCAGAGAAGACGCCGCCAUGCGCAAGGCCCAGAAGGAUGACGGUGAUGACAGUGACGGUGGUUUCUUCGAGAUUUGA